GACUUGUGCACAUGCGCACUCUGUGCAAGGGUUGCAAACAUGUGUAUUUCAGAUUCACCAGAGCAUUUGACAUGGUUGCACAAACAACAGAUGGCUGUGACGCCGACCUGUGGAAGGACGGCUUAUUCAAAUCCAAGGUCACUCGCUACCUCUGUUUCACCAGAAAAACUGGGCCGGACGUUGUUGUGGACCUGAAGCUGAUUGACAUUAAGGACGCGUUGCCAGAGGGCUUCACACCUGUGGGAGAAACAUGGGACACAAAGGAAACUGCCACGAGGAAGAAGAGGCUCUGCGUGAAAAUCAGCCCUCGUGCCGCUGCUGUGACGGCGGUGUACGACAUCCAGAUCACAGCGAAAUCCAAGUACCAUCUUGUUAACUACAUCUGCAUAGGGUGA